UUUCAAACUAGAUCAAAAUAGACUUGAAUUAAAUUUAAAAUAUACAUAAAUCGGACAUUUACCGCACCAAACUAGCCCAGUUCAAACUUUACCAGACCAGAUCAUACUAAAUCAGACCUGACCUGACCUGAUCGACAAAUUUUAAUCCAAAUAAAAACAUCCUUACUCAAUCAAGCACAAAUUAUAUUGACUAACCUUUAGUUAUAUUUUUGUGGAUAAAUGUCUACAUGUAUGCGCGUGUGUACGAAUUUGUAUCAAAUGACAUACAAUGUCCUAAAAAUCAAAGUUUUCUUGGUGACACAAAAAUUUACUUUAAGUAAAUUUACUAAAAGAGGGCUCUAUUGUUUUUUCACAUUUGAUCUCCAUUUGCACGGAAACCGCUCACCAAAGUUGAUGUUGUGUUCUACUUCGAAGCAGAAUUCCGGCGGCUCUAAAUGGCUAGACCGGCUCCAAUCAUCCAAGGGCUUCCCACCCUAUGACUUCGUCAACCUCGAACACUUCUUGCUUCACCAUACUUCUACUUCGCUCAAUUCUCCCCCAAUUAACCCCGCUCUUCUGAGGUCGGAAGACAUCAGUUCCGAAUUCUGCUCGAAUGGAGCAGGAUCGGAGAAAGAACCGGUGCUCGAAGCUUCUGUCAACGACGGAGGAACGAAAUUGGUCAAUGCUUUUAGCCAUGUCCUCUCUGAGCUUUUUAAUAUGGGAGAAUCGAGUAAUUAUGCAGCACAUAAAAAGGAGUCUCGGAAACAAUCAAACCCUAGAAUUUUCUCUACUUUUACUUCGGCGGAAUUCAGUAAUGUUUCUGGCUCCUGAGAUUAACGAGGGAAACAAAGAAUAGCGUCACCCAUCAGCGAUGAUCAGACUAGAGGAGAAAUGAAGGAACUGAAUGACCAGGUGAAGCUACUGGAGCAAGGGCAGGAUUUCGUGGUGAGUGAGGAGAGGAUGGAUGCAAAUUUAUUGGGAUAUUCCAAGUGUGAGGUUACUGUGAAUGACAUGAGCUGCGCGCCAUGGAAAUUUGAUAAAUUGUGGUUCAGAAAGAAGACUGUAUGGAAGGUUUGUGACAAGAGAACAAAUACACUAUAUCUAGGUGAUGUACUUAUAUUUUACACACUUUUUAGACUUAGUUUGUUGUUAACUGUAGUUAUUAAAGUUCUACUUUUGUACAUAUUUUUAUUAUUUGUCGUUAGUUUGUAUUAGUGCAGUUCUAUACGGGUAUUUUAUAUUUUCAGGUACAUUUGAUGCUAUUUGGAUACAUUUGAGUGUGAAAAAAAGAAGAAAAUAAAAGUUCAAGUUGGAGGUCAAUAAAAAUGGAAUUUCCUUCAAAGCAAAUAAGGAGUAAAUUGAAGAAAAGAAACAAAAAAAUGAAAAGAAAGGAGUUGGGGAUCGAACAUAGGUCAUUGGGCAAGAAGCAAAAAUAACAAACCAACGAGCUAGUUCUCAUUGUUGUGAAGAAGUCAGCUGACAAUUAUUAUACGGGGGAAUUUGACUUUGCACCCCACUUUUUGGGUGAUAUUGUACUUUGCACCCCAUUUUCAAAAAACUUUGACUUUGCACCCCAACACCUACCAUUUUGUGAAGAAAAAUUUCUAAAUGGGGUGCAAAGUCAAAGGAAUUUUAAGUUAAAUGAGGUGCAAAAUCAAAGCUUUUUCAAAAUGGGGUGCAAAGUUCAAUAUCACCCAAAAAGUGGGGUGCAAAGUCAAAUUCCCCCUUAUUAUACUCCUUGUGAACGCAACAAAGAAAAGAAGAACAAAAUGAUGAAGCUAAGAAUUGAUCCCAUGACCUCCGAAUUUUCCCUUAGUCACUCAACCACUACACUAAAUCAAACUGUUGGAACAUCACUGCACUGUGUUGUACAUAAACUUAUCUCUUCCGUAAAUUCCAGCAAUGAUUAAUCACCUUAUAUCAUUAUAUGGCCUAAUACAUCCCCUUCCACACAUAAUCUCGAGCCAACUUCUCUCUACACAUCCCAAAACAUUUCCUCCUCCUUCUCUUUUCAUUCUUCACCUUCAAAUCAUCAACUCAUCUUCAACCACAACUAAUCACUUCCUUAUCCAAGAUUAAGUCAAGAUUAGCCCCAAAGCUUCAAGGAUUGUCAUCUAUCACAAGUUUGAUCUUCCUUAUCUCAUUAAAUCUUGUACUUUAAUUAUGGAUUCAUCUAUUUCUAUGCUUCCAAACAUGUAUAGCUAAAUAAAUUUGGGGCUAGAAAUUGAUUAAUUAAUUGUUCUUAUUAUGUUUUAAUUUGUAUUGAUUUUAAUUGUUAAGUUUGUUCUACUUAGAUUGUUGUGUCCAGAAAAUUAAUUAAGUUAUGUUUGUGAUAUAUAUUAUGAGUACUCAAUCAUAAACAUUUUGUUUGUUAAAUACACAAAUGAACACUUUCUGAACACACCGUUAAACUUCUUUUACCUUGUCCCGGAUUGAAGUUUUAAGGGAGAAUUUAAUUAUUUAAUUAUAUCAUCUACACCACGGG